GACAGACGGACGGACUGGCUGGCUUUGCCGCCUCUGGCCGAUGCUGGAAGCUGCAGCGGGCGGCGCGCGGAGCCGAGCCAUGGCCUCCGGUGGAUAUAAUCCUUAUGUAGAAAUAAUUGAGCAGCCAAGGCAGAGGGGAAUGCGGUUUAGAUACAAAUGUGAAGGGCGCUCAGCGGGCAGCAUUCCAGGGGAGCACAGCACAGACAACAACCGAACCUACCCGUCCAUCCAGAUUAUGAACUACUAUGGAAAAGGAAAAGUAAGAAUUACUUUAGUGACCAAGAACGACCCAUACAAGCCUCAUCCCCAUGAUUUAGUGGGAAAAGACUGCAGAGACGGCUACUAUGAAGCAGAAUUCGGACCAGAGCGCAGGCCUUUGUUUUUUCAAAAUUUGGGUAUUCGAUGUGUAAAGAAAAAAGAAGUGAAAGAAGCUAUUAUUUUAAGAAUAAGUGCAGGAAUCAAUCCUUUCAAUGUCCCCGAGCAGCAGCUGCUGGACAUUGACGACUGUGACCUAAAUGUGGUGAGGCUGUGCUUCCAAGUUUUCCUUCUUGAUGAGCAUGGAAACCUGACGACUGCGCUUCCUCCCAUUGUUUCUAACCCAAUUUAUGACAACCGCGCCCCAAAUACUGCAGAAUUAAGGAUUUGUCGUGUGAACAAGAACUGUGGAAGUGUCAGAGGAGGAGAUGAAAUAUUUCUACUUUGUGACAAAGUACAGAAAGAUGAUAUAGAAGUUCGUUUUGUGUUGAAUGACUGGGAAGCCAAAGGUAUUUUUUCCCAAGCGGACGUACACCGCCAAGUGGCCAUUGUUUUCAAGACUCCUCCGUAUUGCAAAGCUAUCUUGGAGCCCGUGACAGUGAAAAUGCAGCUGCGGAGGCCUUCUGACCAGGAAGUCAGUGAAUCCAUGGAUUUCAGAUACCUUCCAGAUGAAAAAGAUGCAUAUGGCAAUAAGUCAAAGAAACAAAAAACAACUCUACUUUUUCAGAAACUGCUGCAAGAUUGCGCAGCUAACUUUCCUGAGAGACCAAGAACUGUCCCUUCCGGGUCAAUUGGAGAAGGAAGAUUCAUCAAAAAAGAAUCAAACUUGUUUCCUCAUGGUGCCGUUUUACCAGAAAUGACCAGGUCUUCAGGAGUCCCAAGUCAAGGCGAACCCUUCUAUUCUACAUGUGCUUCCAUCUCAAGUGGAUUGGCGCAUCACCCCGCAGCCAUACCCUCAGUGGUCCAUCAGCCUACGAGCUGGUCCUCAGUGACCCAGCCCACCUCACGCCCAGCCAGUACAAACACACUGGGUAGUUUCUCCGCGGGGCCACUUUCCUCUAACUCGCAAGGUAUGCUUCCAUUCCUCGAAGGGCCCGGUGUGAGCGAUCUCAGUGCUGCCAAUGCGUGCCUCUACAGUGCCGAUGACGUAGCUAGGAUGGAGACGCCAUCCAUGGCUCCAGUUGACUUAUACGGUAUUUCUGAUGUCAACAUGCUAUCUAAUCGCUCUGUGAAUGUGAUGGCGUCCGGCAGUGAUAGCAUGGGGGACACUGAUAACCCAAGACUUGUGAGCAUCAACCUCGAAAACUCCUCAUGCAACUCAAGGUUAGACCCAAGAGACCUGAGGCAGCUGCACCCGCUGUCGUCUGCCAGUGUGCCCGCAGGCACCAGUUCCAACUCUGUUUUUGUUUCACAGUCAGAUGCGUUUGAUAGAUCAGACUUCAGUUGUGUAGACAACGGCCUGGUAAGCGAGCCCGAGCCACCAAAUGACGCGAGCAGUCAUAACUUUGUCCAGAGUAUUCAGUAUGCAGGGAUUGACACUCUACAGAGUGAGCAGCUGAGCGAUUCCUUUGCUUACAGUUUUUUUAAAAUAUAAAUUGUAGGACUUAAGUCUAGAGAACUGUAAAACUUUAGGUGUAUAAAGAGAAAUCUCAGGAGCAGGAACUUUAAAGGCUCCGCUGUUCCUUACUUUGAAAGAUAAGCCUGAAGCACAUGUGUUGGGUGUGAAUUGUUUUCCCGUGUUUCCACAAGCCAAGCUGCAUGUCUUUCAUAGUACAUUAAUGUUUUAGUUAAAUGAACUGAUAUUUGCUUUCAAGCAGAUUUAAGGUAAAACAUGUAAUGGCUAUGCCAUUGGAAAAUAAAUUCAUUAUUACUGUUGAGGCCCAUAGGCCACAGUGACCCCUAAGGGGCUUUCUGAGAUUUCUUUUUUUGGUAUUUUAGGGUGUGUGUGUGUGUGUGUGUGUGUGUGUGUGUGUUUCUG